AUGAGUUCUGCUGGCGGAUCGAGCGAGCUGAGCACUUCUUCCGCUUCACCAAGCGUUAGGACCGAAUCGGAUGCAUUCGGGGAGAUAGCCGUGGAGGACACCCGGUACUGGGGAGCCCAGACCCAGCGCAGCCUCAUGAACUUCCCGAUCGGGGGCAGGGAGUCUCGCAUGCCAAUCGAAGUCAUCCAAGGGUUCGGUGUGCUGAAGAAGUGCUGCGCUUUGUACAGCAUGUCCAAGGGAAAGCUGAACAAGGAUGUGGGGGAGGCCAUCGUUGAGGCUGCCGAUGAGGUGAUUCGGGGAAAACUGGACGACCACUUUCCGCUGGUGGUGUUUCAGACCGGUAGCGGCACCCAGACCAACAUGAACUGCAACGAGGUCAUAUCAAACAGGGCGAUCGAGAUCCUUGGAGGUGUGAAGGGCAGCAAGAAACCGGUGCACCCGAACGACCAUGUGAACAUGGGUCAGUCUUCGAACGACAGCUUCCCCACAGCCAUGCACAUCGCGGCAAUAAUGCAGGCACAUGGCGUUCUCCUGCCGGGGCUCCGCGAGCUGCACGACGCGUUGACUGCGAAGGCCAAGGAGUGGGAGAAGGUCAUCAAGAUCGGGCGGACUCACACGCAGGACGCGACUCCUCUGACUCUCGGCCAGGAGUUCGGGGGCUACGCCGCUCAGGUGGAGUACGGUAUCAAGCGUGUGGAGAACACCUUGCCGUCGCUUUACCGCCUGGCCCUGGGCGGGACCGCUGUUGGCACCGGCCUCAACACCGCUAUGGGUUACGACGAAGAGAUCGCGGCGCUUAUCGCCGAGGAGACCAACCUGCCGUUCGUCACGGCACCCAACAAGUUCGAAGCCCUCGCUGGACACGACUCCAUCGUCGAGGCCAGCGGAGCCCUCAACACUCUCGCCUGCUCGCUGAUGAAGAUCGCGAACGACAUCCGCUUCUUGGGGUCCGGGCCACGGUGCGGCCUAGGGGAACUCAGCCUCCCGGAGAACGAGCCAGGCUCAUCGAUCAUGCCUGGUAAGGUGAACCCCACGCAGUGCGAGGCGUUGACCAUGGUCUGUGCGCAGGUAAUGGGAAACCACGUGGCGGUUACUGUCGGAGGCUCGAACGGGCACUUCGAGCUCAACGUUUUCAAACCGGUCAUGGUGGCCAACCUUCUCUCAUCGAUGCGACUGCUGGGAGACAGCUGCUCUUCGUUUGCGGAACGCUGCGUGUCGGGUACUGUUGCGAACCGAGAUCGCAUCCAGGAGAUCAUGUCGACGUCGCUUAUGCUGGUAACGGCGCUGAACCCCAAGAUCGGCUACGAUAACGCCUCCAAGGUUGCCAAGAAGGCUCAUAAGGAAGGCACCACUCUCAAAGAAGCCGCGUUGGCGCUGGAGCUCCUCACGGAAGAGGAAUUCGACGAGUGGGUACGGCCGGAGAACAUGAUCGGACCCAAGGCCACAUAG